AUGAACAGGCGGUUUGUGAAUCUGGUGACGCGGAACUGGACCCAAGGUGUCUAUUCGGUGCGCCGCAUGGACCCUUACCACCAUUUCUUCUACGGGUCAACAGAAGCUGCACUUGGGGCAGCAGAUGAGGCUUGCAAGAUGAAGGAAUCAUUCCCAGCGAUGCAGAUCCAGGACCUGCCGAGCCCAAGCACGAACUUCACUGCAGCUGCCCCAGGUGGCACCUUGGAUAUGUUCGCGCUCCUCACCCCCCGCCCCACCAGCGAUGGCAGAAUGAUUUAUGCCAAUACGAUCGGCGAGACCCGGCUGUACGACGCCGACAAACAGGUGCACACCACCCUGGGCCGUCUCAACACGCCUAAGGGAGUCAAACCCAUGUGCCUCUCCAUCGCGCACCCUGGCGGCGACGAAGACAGCAUUUAUGUGUUGGAUACCGAACCCUUGAAGGACGCCCGUCGAUGCUUUGAGGUCCUUGAGCCCACGCCCAGGGAAUUCAGGAGCAGCAGCUUGAUGCCGCCAUGGUGUUGGCGAGUUCUUCCACCGCCUCCUUUUGUCCUCGAACCUUGGUACCAACCAUCUUCUAUUACCUCCUUUACCACUGUGGUCAAUGGCGAUGGCUGCUCCACCAUCUACAUAUCAUGUGGUGGCCGCAUAGGCACCUACAGCUUUGAGACGGCAUGCUCUGACUCUAGACACUGUCUAGGAUGGAGGCUCUCGGACAAAUGGAGCCAUGUUGGGGAAUGGAAGCUGCCCUUUAAUGGCAGAGCUCAGUACGUCCCUGAGUUUAACCUAUGGUUUGGAUUCUCAGACUCAAGCCCCAACCACCUGUGUGCCAUGGACCUCUCUGCCAUGGACAAUGGACGGCAGCCCACAGCACCCAAAAUAUGGGAAGAUCUGAACCUGCCUGAUGGAGAGGCGUGGCUUCCGAAACAGCUCGAGCUUCUCUACCUUGGCGACCGCAAGUUUCUCACCGCUAAGACCUUUGCAGAAGGAGAAAUAGGCGGGUGCUUUUCUGUGCUCACCGGCGUAGAGAUGAUUGCUGGCGCCGGUGAUGACCAGCACACCCUUCAGAUGGUCAAGCACAAGUGCGCACGUUUUGUCUUCACCGACGAGGACAUUGAGUGGGUGCUCUGA